CCCCGACCCGCGCACGAGCCCGCCUCUGCGCCAAUCCGCUGGCCACCAGCGUCCCGCGAUCAGCCAAUGGCGGUUUGCCGUUUGCGGAGGGGCGGGCGCGCGGGAGGAACGGGCGCUUCAGUUGGCCGAGGGGGCGGCGGCGGGCGGCGGAGGCGGCGGCGGCUUCUUCUGCUGCUGCUUCAGCUUCUUCCUCCUCCCGGUUCGUGAGUCCCGCGCCUUCUCCCCGCCGGCAGCACAUGCGCAGGCCGGGCCGGGGCGCGGAGGGCGGGGGUCUUCCCGGGCGGCUUCCGCUAGAGAAGGACGUGGAGGGCGGGGAAGCGAAGUGCAGAAAGGCGGGCGGGGGGAGAAAAGCCGAACUGCCUUCCUCUUCGGGCUGGGGGCUCUGAAACGGGGGGCCGGUCCAGCGUCCCUCAGACCUUGUGGGGGGCCGGACUAUAUUUUGGGGGGGGGAAAUAAUGAGCGAAUUCCUCUGCCCCACAAGUAACCCAGAGGUGCAUUUUCAAUAGAAGCACACAUUCUACUCAUGUGAAAACACCAGAAGGCGAUUGGGCUGGAUCCGGCCCCCGCUCUUAAGGCUGCAGAACUGAACUGCUGCCUGAGGCCUUAGUCGACCCUUUCAUGAAUUCCCCAUCAGUUGCAGCAAUUGUAAUCCCCUGCAAGUGUAAACAUCAGGAAGAACUUUCUCCCUCGGGAAAUGGAGGGCUCUCCUCCUCUGCAGUUUUUAAGCAGAGGCUGGUCGGUCAUCUGCCAUGGAUGCUUUGGUUGAGAUUCCUGCAUUGCAGGGGGUUGGACUAGAUGACCCUAAGGGUCCCUUCCACUCUAUGCUGUAUACUUUUUAAUGGCACAUUUAUUGCUUCUUUUCUUACCUAGUGCUUCACUGUAUUACAACACGAGUCCCAUAGAAGUCAAAUUGAAAUUCAAUGAAAGGCAAUAUGAUAAAUAAAAAAGUAAUAAAAAACAGUUAAUCAUCAAUAUGAAUAUUUAACGUGGGCAUACCAAGGGCCCACCUGAUUGACACUUGUGGACCUGCUGGUGAUCCAGGGCCCAUAGGUUGGGAACGGCUGCCCUAAGAUGUAGUAGGAACUUUUAAGAUACUAGUGUAUGAAAGCAACCAUGUUCCAGGUUGUACUGCAAAGGCCUGGACUUACACACUGCCUGUAGCAUGGCAGGCACCUCUUAAGAUUGAACUUUACAACCCAAGGUUUAAAGCCAUACUAUUUAAAGCCAACAAAAUUACUAGUCUGUCUAAUUGGCCACUACAGUUGAGUAAGCCCUCCUCUUUCUCUCUACAGUGGUACCUCGGGUUACAGACGCUUUGGGUUACAAACUCCGCUAACCAGGAAGUGGUUGCUCCAGGUUAAGAACUUUGCUCCAGGAUAAGAACGGAAAUCGCGGCAGCAGGAGCCCCAUUAGCGAAGGAGCACCUCAGGUUAAGAACCGUUUCAGAUUAAGAACGAACCUCUGGAACGAAUUAAGUUCUUAACUCAAGGUACCACUGUACAGUGGUACCUCAGGUUACAUAUGCUUCAGGUUACAGACUCCGCUAACCCAGAAACAGUGCUUCAGUUUAAGAACUUUGCUUCAGGAUGAGAACAGAUAUCGUGCUCUGGCGGCGCGAUAUCUGGCGGCGCGGUGGCAGCUGGAGGCCCCAUUAGCUAAAGUGGUUCUUCAGGUUAAGAACAGUUUCAGGUUAAGUAUGGACCACCAGAACGAAUUAAGUACUUAACCUGAGGUACCACUGUAUAGCAGAUGUGGGGAAGCUUUGGUAUUCCAGAACUAUAACUAUAACUCACACCAGUGAGCAUGCCUAAAGGCCAAAGAUGAUGGGAGUGGUAGUGCAGCAAUAUCUGGAGAGCUAAAGGGUCCCCACAUUUGCCCCAAAAUGUGCAGCCACACCAAUGUUGGUUGCAUGCUAAGUUUGUACAGCCCAGUGGGCCUGAAUGAAUUCUAAUGUGAAAUGGUAAUGCUCAUUGCGUCUGCAGCACAGCAUCUCAGUGGCAGAUGUGCAGGAGUUUCUUAACAGAAAGGAUGGGAUAUGUAUGGAGUAUGCUGAAAUUGCUUGAGAACGUAGCUACAAAGCCUUCAGUAUAACUAUCUCUGGCAGAGAAUGCAACUUGCACAAUUAUGUUGAGUUCCCAUGGAAAAUCUAUGAUGAUAGUAAUAAUAAUAAUAAUGAAAUUGUUACAGAAUUAACUUUAUAGGGUUGUGAUAUAUGAAAAUGCUCACAAAAAAUAGGUCUCAGUGAUGUCUGGUUUUCAGCAUUGUGAUAUAUCACCAGCUAUUACAGAUAUAUCAUGAUGUCUGAAAUAAGGAUGAAACUCUGUAGAGGUGAAUGGGGUAAUGUCCUAGCAACUGCUGUUACUUAGGGGUGUAAAACAUCUUGUAAAUUUUUUUUUACAUAUCUUUAACAUACUGUUACAACUUAUUUUAUAGUACAGAUAAUAUUCAAGUUAGCACAUUUUCUAAGCUAUUUAGGGGGAACGCAACAAUGUAAACACCAUAAAAUAAACAGGAAGCGGAGGAUUGCUGAGGUGGCAGAGCAAGCAAUGGUGUGGCAGAAAUCAUGAGAGAAGCGAGGGGCUUCACGGUUUUUCCCACAUAGUGAUUUUUUUUUUACAUAGCACACAUACACAUCGUGAUUUGUGAUACAUAUUGCCACAUCAAAUGUUAUGAAACCGUUGCUGUGCUGUCGUCUUCAAACGGGUUUUGGAAGAUGUAUCAAUACAUCAAGGGACGCGGGUGGCACUGUGGGUUUAACCACAGAGCCUAAGACUUGCCGAUCAGAAGGUUGGCAGUUCGAAUCCCCGCGACGGGGUGAGCUCCCGUUGCUCGGUCCCUGCUCCUGCCAAUCUAGCAGUUCAAAAGCACGUCAAAGUUCAAGUAGAUAAAUAGGUACCUCUCAGUGUGGUGUAGUGGUUAAGAGCGAUAGACUCGUAAUCUGGGGAACCGGGUUCGCUUCCCCGCUCCUCCACAUGCAGCUGCUGGGUGACCUUGGGCCAGUCACACUUCUCUGAAGUCUCUCAGCCCCACUCACCUCACAGAGUGUUUGUUGUGGGGGAGGAAGGGAAAGGAGAAUGUUAGCCGCUUUGAGACUCCUUCGGGUAGUGAUAAAGCGGGAUAUCAAAUCCAAACUCUUCUUCUUCUUCUGGCGGGAAGGUAAACGGUGUUUCUGUGCGCUGCUCUGGUUCGCCAGAAGCGGCUUAGUCAUGCUGGCCACAUGACCCAGAAGCUGUACACCGGCUCCCUCGGCCAAUAAAGCGAGAUGAGCGCCACAACCCCAGAGUCGGUCACGACUGGACCUAAUGGUCAGGGGUCCCUUUACCUUUAUCAAUACGUCACCCGGUCCUGCUAAAGAACUGCGAGCAUUCUCUGCUACCAAGAAUUAAAAGAAAUUUGCCUUAGACAUUAAAGUAUUUUUAUGUUGAUUGACAGUAGUCAAGACCUAAAUAGCUGCCCACCAUCUACCUGCCCAAGAGAAUUUUAGGUGGGAUUUCCCAAAGAGCGACUUCACGUGUCAUUAGCAAGCCAGUUCUGGAACUGAGGCUUGCUGUUUAAAGAGGGGAAACUCAACAUUCUGCUAGGGAGUUAGUCCCAUUGAACUGAGUAGAUAUGCAUACUUUUCACUGUUGUUGCUUUAGUUAAGAGGUUCAGUUGACUGACCACCAGGAUUUAGUUAACCCAUGAGUAUGUAGUUGGAAUGUAUAAGAGAUGUAUUGUACUACUUUGGAUUAUUUAACCAUUCCUUUUUAUAUUCAUGUCUAUUUUGCUUGCUUUCCAGGAAUUAUACGCUCACCCUGUCAUACACAUGUCUAAAAUAUGUCAUGGCACCCUCCUUUUAAUGAAAAAGCAUACAUUCAACCUCUGUUUGGUACAAGGCCAUGCUUCCCAAGAGAUUGUUCACUUUAUGGUCAAGUCCCAUAUUCAGUGGCGCCUUUCUGGUUUCACCCAAGAGUGUAUGUGCCUAUGCCUGUGGCUGUGGAUGCACCAUAUCCACAUAUGGUAGUGCCUUCUUCCACAUCUGUCACCUUUAAAUAUGGACAAUUGGAAAACAGUUACUACAGAUAUGCUACUGCUGAAAUGAAUGGCUGGGGAAUUCAGGUUUUAGAAAAGCCAAAUACUAUUCAUAGCUUUUCUGGUGAGUUAAUUUUACUUUUCAAUAGUUAGUGACUUUUUUCUUAGGGUUUUGUGACUAUACCAUAAUUUGUACUGUGAGCAAUCUUAAUAAGAAAAUAGAGCUUACAGUGAGCGAAAAAAGUAUUGGUAUUUGAUCCCCUGCUAAAUUUGCCUGUUUGCCCUCUGAUGAAGAAAUGACCAGUCCAUAAUUUUAAUGGUAGGUUUAUUGUAGCUGUGAGAGACAGAAUAACAACGGGAAAACCCCCAGAAACCCAGAAGACAAAAGUCAGAGAUGGAUGUGCAUUAUAAUGAGUGAAAUAAGUAUUUGAUCCCCUAUCAACCAGCCAGAUGUCAGGCUACCUGGUAUCUUCACUGUAUGUAACAAGCUGAGAUUAGAAGCACCUGCUUUAAGGGAGAGGUUUUACCUGUAAUCGCAGCUCGUUACAGUACCUGUACAAAAGACACCUGUCGAUGCAAGCGAUCAAUCCAGCAGAUUCCGAAGUAGCCAAUAGUAGACAAAGGAUGAAUGGUAAGAGCUUUUUGACAGUGGAAUGGUCUCCCUCGGAAGGUGGUGGACUCCUUCCUUGGAGGUUUUAAAGUAGAGGUUGGGUGGUCAUCUGCCAUGGAUACUUUAGCUGAGAUUCUUGCAUUGCAGAGGAUUGGAUGAGAUGACCCUCAGAUCCCUUCCAACUCUACAAUUAUAUGAUUCUAAUUUGUUUGCACACAAGUUUUAAAAACCCAUUUUGUUACAUUUGUGUCACUUAGUUGACUUACGAAGAGAAGUAGUUUUGGAUUUAGGGAAGAUCCACUGGAAUGCAUUUUUGCUGUGCUUAACAUAUUUACCAUGCUUAUUGGGUGUUGAUAGGGUAGGACAACUUUGAUUUGUCUGUGAUAUUGGUUAACCAAAUGCAGUUUUUUAGCGAGUUUCUGGGAUGUGUGUUACAUGAUGAUUUUAUAUUUCUGUGGUUCACCAACUGGGUAUGUUACUACUUUUUUGAGACAGGCAGGGCCUUCUUCCUCUUUUCUUAUAUGAUUUAAACAUGGGGUAAGUGCUCUUUAAAGGUGUUGAGUAUCAUCUGACUCCUCCCCCACUUCCCCAUCAUUCCAGUUUAAUUUGGGUAGACAUGCUGCUUGCUCCCGUAGUAUUUUUCUGUGUGUGCCUUUAGAAAGUGACUUACUCAGUUUCCAUUCCUGGUAUCAAGCUGUGUGGGAUGAUUCAUGUAUACAGUUGUGAAUUGGUAGAUGCCAGGCUUGGAGUUAAGCAGAAGGUGGAAAACAUUAAGAAAUGGAGUGGGUGGGACGAGCAAGAAAGAUGCAGUAUUUCAGCUUCAGUUUUAUAUGAUAAGAGCAUAUGAUAAAUUUGCUUUCUACAGUGUAGGUAGCCUGUAUUUGCUUUGUUAGUGCAAAAUAAAAUGCUUCACCACAUCAGAGGCCCUGCAGCUUCAGGUCUGGCAAAUCAGAGAGGGACUGGGCCCUGCAAGGGAUCCAGGGUGCUCUGGAUCCCAUGAAGACAAACAGUGUUCAAAAUUUCCUGGGUACCAGGUGCAUUUUGCCACUGGCAAAAUUAUCUUUAUCUGGUACACUGUCUAAUAACAAAUAGUCUGGUGGAUUUUAACAUUUUGCUAAAAAAUUCUAAAAGUAGAAGCGAUAACUAUUAAAAGCUAACAAUUUUUUCCUAAUCAGUACCAAUCAAUGUACCCUUUGUCCUAGUUCACUGCCUUUCUUCUGUUUCCUAUGUACCUGUUUCUUCUUUCCAAAUUGAGCAGUCACUGCCAGCACUCCUUUUUUUCACUAUGUAGGAUAAAUUUCGGUUAGAGAAAGAAUAUUGAAAUAUGCAUUUGGUAUUUUGUCCAAACAGGUGAAAAAGCUGUUAAACCCCAUCAGCUACCAUCAGAUGGUUCUGAGAAAAGUAAGCUCCGUGAAGCAAUGCUUGUUGCUUCUGGAAACCAUUCUGAUGUGGGAGCCAUGGAGCAGAGAGAGAGUGAAUUUGAGAACAAUUCUCAUAAAUCAACAGUCCUGAGUGCACUCCAUGGAUCAGAACAUUCUGAAAAAAAUACAGUUAAUGAUAUCUCUGACUUUUGCUUGAAUCUUGCUAAUUGCUCCUCUCCAUGCCAGUCAUGUUACAUAAGUGCCUCAGAAUUAAGCGUAUCAAAAGGAAGCUUGCCUUAUUUUAGUGCAUUGCCUGAUGAGGAACUGGAAUCUGCACAUAAGGAAGGUGAGGGAAUGUCCAUUGCACUGCCUAAUGUAAGUGAGACAGAUAUGAACUUGGAUACUGCUGCAGACUCUUCCUACUUAAGUAGCAAUCAAAAUGAGGAGUACAGAUGCAGAGGCUUAGAUGAUUCCACACUAGACUGCAUUGGACUACAAGAUUGCAUUGGUCAUCGGCCAGAAGCUUUUCACGACAAGGAACUGUCAAAUGAAAAUCAGCUUGCAGAUGCCCAGUGUCCCAUGAACAAACAAAAAGAUGAGUCUCCUACUUCAGGUUGUAGUAUUGAUUGUGACUGCUACAAAUACAGCAAAAUACCAGAAUUCCCCCAGACUUCGCAAGAUAGCAAAUGUGACACACAAGGCAAAGGUUUGAAUUUUGAUGAUCAACCAGGAGAUGAGACUAUUAGUCUGCUCAGUAGUAUUGUCAGUAAACAUUCAGUUAGUGCUAAGGCUAAUAAUCCAAAAUUAUUCUCAGGGAGCAACUCUAAAAUUGAUAAAAAUAUGAAAACAGAUUAUCUUUCAGGUAGAACCCUGAAAACUGGAAAUACACAUGUAUUGCAGCAGGAAAGAAAAUGUUCCCAUGCACACACCUCUAGCGGUGAUACAGAAAUUUCAAAUUUCUCUGAUUAUGAAGCUGUAGUUGAUUCUAAGAAGCCAAAUCACACCUAUAAAGCAUUUAAUAAUCAGAGUACAAUUAACCAAGCUGUUGAUGCAAGUUCUGAUUUUAGAGCUUGUUUUACAACAAGCAGAGCAACUAAUGUCAAGGCUUCAGUAGUGUCCAGAGGACAAAAUACAGUUAUAACGAUGAUGAACAAAGAAAGGCCCAAGCAGUGGCUGAGGGAUUCCGUCAGAAGUGUUGCCUGCAAUACAGAUUGGUCAUGCAUAUCUGACAACAUGGAGAUGACUACCGCACAAGCAGCAAUGGAUGAUAUGUUGGAAAACUGUAUCACUAGUGACAAGGUAAAACAUGGAUUCAAAUCAAAAGGAGGUAACUUUGAAAAACAUGGGGAAGCUUGUGGAAUUAGUUAUUAUUUGAGGCAGACCAUAAUUGUAUCUGCUUCCUACUUCAAGGCCAUGCGCCCACCAUUAUCAAGUUAGGGGGCAUAGGUAUGCGGAAACAUGUUGCCAGGCAUGUGUUUGUCUUCCUAUCUGGGUAGGCAGUUGCAUGUACAAGUGGACAGCCAAAGCUCUGAAUCCUUAGGCUUUGAGUUUAACUCACGUUUUCUGAGAAACCUGUUGGCUAGAGCCCAAGAAAUCUUUACCAGUCUUAAUCAUGCUUCUAGACUCUGAGACAGACAAAAUGUGAAUAGCUGGUUCACAACAUUGGUAGCAUUGGAUGUUCAUAAGGUGCAGUCAUAAGGCACCUUUGGAAUUUCUCCAUAAGGAUUAGUGUGCAGCCCACAUCUGUUACCUAUUUGUUUACAGCGUUUGUAAUGCCCCCCCCCUUUUAGCCAAAAAAGCAGCUUACAAAAAUAGUCCCUGCCCUCAGGCUCACAGUGUAAAGAGAUAAUGAGGCAGGAGGGAAAGGGAGGCAAAGAAAUUAGGCAAAAGUGAGCUGAAGCACAAGUUCUUACUGGUUCCAGUUCUUAAAGCGGUUCUGGCUGCCUUGCCCUUGAUAAAGAUCAGCACUCUUUCCUUCCCAGAUCAGAUCCAGGAGCAUCGUAUGCAGGGCAUACAUGCUGGUGUUCAGAGUGCAAAUGCUGAAGAGCUGCGGCCAAGUACAGCUCGUAUGUGUUUCUGAUUCCUGUAGGACAGUCGUCCUUGUGUUUGUAUUCGUAACUUAGGAAGCCCAUAUAAUAUGGCUAGACAUGCAAAAUUCUGGAUUCUCUUGUUGAAACAAGGAGCAUUCUCAGUGUGUGUUACAUAAGGUUUAGGGACUUGCUAGUUAAAUCUGAUUUACAACUUUAGUUUGUCAAUAAAACUUACUAAAAUUGCUAUUUCUAGGAUCUUUUGGAAUGGAAAAAUAGCACUAGCAGAGACUUAAAUGAAAUUCCAAACAGGUAUGAUACACCUUUUAAGUGAUUUUUACUACUUCUUAAAACUUAAUUUCCUUUGAGGUUCUUAAAGCUCCACCAGCUGGAAUCUGUGGUUACACGAGGGAGGAGGGAGGCAAUGUUGCCAACUCCCCUGCAAAAUAUUUUUUAUUAAUUUUCAAAGAAAGGUGAUUCAAGAUUCUACAAAUAACAGUGUUAACAAACAGGAACUGAUGACAAUAUACAUACCGUAUUUUUCGCUCCAUAAGACGCACUUUUUUCCUCCUAAAAAGUAAGGGGGAAUGUGAGUGCAUCUUAUGGAGUGAAAGCCGCUUCGCAGGAGAGGCGCUGUGCAGAGAGGGAGAGCUGCGCAGCGCCCCUUCAGCGAAGCGCCUCUCCUGCGAAGCGAGAGGAGGAACGGAGCCCCUUCUGUUCCUCCUCCCGCUUCGCUGAAGGGGUGGCGCUGCGCAGAGACAGUGGCCAGCUUGAUGCCUGUGGGAAGCCCACAAGCAGUACAUGAGCAUCAUAGCACCUCUAAAAACUAGGUGCGUCUUAUAGAGCGAAAAGGUCCAUAUACAAUUACAGAUCAGUGUCAAACAAAUAAAAACAUUAUAACCAAAAUAAAUAAACCACAGGUAUGUGAAUGCAUGGAAGAUAGUGAUUAGAACUAUUUAUAGCAUAGACAUAAUUGUUAAGCAAGAGGUGGUUACAAAACAUGGACCCUGUUAUACCAAGGGAAAGUAUUUAAAGUAUGCAGAUAUCCUGAGUCACUGGAUCAGCCAUAAUGGUUUGUGGGCUGAAUGGAGGUCCUUGGCCAUUUUUCUCCUCGCUUACAAAUGAAGUAAGUCAAACCAAACAGGUCCAAAGUUGUCAUUUUAUCUUUGAUCCCUAAGGACUCUCAGCUUAGUCAGUUUUUCCAGCAGGGCAGUUCCCCACCACCACCUAUUCUGCUCCAGCAAAUCCAUGAAAAUUGUCCUCCCCUCUUUCCAUUGCAGUUUCUGGUUCGAAUUGCCAGCCCUUCUAAGAAGGAGCACCCUGAAUCCAGGCUGGUGAGAAUUAGUAUGACUAGAACUGGGCCAUGAAAACAGAAGGCUAGCUGAGUAAGAAUGUUACUCACGUUGCUGGCUUAUAAAUCCCUUAUGGGGGUGCAGGUGGCGCUGUGGUCUAAACCACCAACCCUCUUGGGCUUGCCAAUUGGAAGGUCGGCAGUUUAAAUCUGCAUGAUGGGGUGAGCUUCCAUCACUUUGUCCCAGCUUCUGCCAACCUAGCAGUCCAAAAACAUACCGGUGCAAGUAGCUCUGCAGUGGAAAGGUAAAUGGUGUUUCCGUGCAUUCUGGCUUCGGUCACAGUAUCCUAUUGUGCCAGAAGCGGUUUAGUCAUUCUGGCCAGGUGACCCGGAAAGCUGUCAGCCUGAAAGCGGAGAUGAGCACUGUACCCCAGAGUCGAAUUCGACUGGACUUAACCGUCCAGGGGUCCUUUAACUUUACCUUUAUAAAUUCCUUAUUUUUCUGGUUGGGAAUGACUUUUCAAUUGUUCUUUUUUGUUUUCUAAAUGUACACUUAAGUAGAAUCCCCUAAAUCACUUUUGUUUGUAUUCAAACUUAAUAUUUCUUUUAAAAGGAUAAUGCAGCUUUCUCAAGAAAUAAACAACCAUUUACCAAGCUGCUGUAAGGAAAUACUGGAGAGAGCUAUAAAAGCGGAAGUGCAGCUUUUAAAAAUUCGCUAUCAGAUGUAUCAACAGCACUGCUGGCAGACUUGCAUUAAUUCCAUGGACAAAAAGAAAUCUGUAAAUGGGUAUGUAUGAAAUAGUUUCUGGUGUGGAAGGUGGACUGUUAACUGGUUUGGGCAGAACACCAAAUAUGAUUACUAAUACAAACAUUUUCAGUAUAAUCCAUGCAUAUUUACUCGUUGUAUUCAUAGCAUUGUAUUGUAAGGCUAAGAGCUGCUGUGUCUGUGGGACCUAGCUGAAAGUCAGGUAGGAGGGAAGAGUUGAGUUAAAGGCAUAAAUAUUCUGUCCAGUGACUCCAAAGAAAGCAGACUACUCAAGGAAGUUAGCCUUUGUACAACAGUUUGAGAAAAGUAUUUGGAAUAACUGUUUAGUGAGUCAGUAAGUUUAGCCUGGAGAUUUAGGCAUGAGGCUGAAUGCAUCUAUAUUCAUGUUAGUAUUUCCUUAGUUUUUUCUUUCAAAUGCAACUCCUGCCAUGUUAGAGUUUUCUCAAAAGCUCCCUACAUUUUGGCAAAAAACUUCCUAUUCCAGAGAAACAAAAGGAUUCUGAGAUGUCACUUCAUAAGAGAAGUCACUAACUAAACAGCCCCUUCCCCUUAUGUGGUUACCUGGAAAGAGAAAAUUUGAUGUGCAGUGCCUAGGCAUCACCAAAUAAAGGUUGCAUCCCUUCUUUUGAACUGUAGGUGGGCACAAAUGACAAGAGGAAUUCCCUUGUCAUCUAGGAGGUCUCUAGGCAACAAAUAGGUGGCCUUGAACAAGUGGGGACAUAGGACUAAGCUAUUCAGACCGUUCAUGGAGCUCCUCUUUUCCCUACCUCACCUAAGGCACAUUUUGCCUGGGAGAAGUUACAGGAGUAUCCACAAACCUUUUGGAUCUGAAACACGUCAAGCCUUUUAUAUGUUGCACAUUCAAUAUGAAAAUGUUGACUUCAGUAACAAAGGCAAUGUGCAUCAGUGACUAUCUCUCAUUCCUUGGUCUCACCAGUGUACAUCUGCACAGCCCUUUAGCACCUCUACAUGGAAGGUUUUUGAGAUUUGCCGCUCACUUGAUCUUUCAGAAAUGGUCAUAACUCAUUAUCGUACCUAAAGUAUUUCCAAAUUAUAUUAAAGGCAAGAUUCUUUCUUCUGACACAUGGAGAAUUGAGGCUGUUUUGAUAAAAAUAGAAAGUGGCUAAAAGGUGCUUUCUAUACCUCAGCAAAUGCCAAAUCAAUGAAUAUACGUUUGAUUAUUUUUUCAGUUCUACCCUUGGGACAGGAAAAUCUGUGUUUCAGGUGCCAUUGCCACAGAAUAUGGAAGUUUCUUCACUCCCUUUAGUAAGUCUUCUGCAUACUUCAUUACAACACUACCUUAAGAAUUCUUUGUGAACUUUCAAAAUGGUUUAUUUUGAAGGCUGAUUCUACAUUACAACUUCUCUAUUAAACAUAAAUAUAAACCUGUGCUAGCAAUGGGGUAUAAUAUAGCCAAUAUAAAGCAGAACCAUUAUAUCAGCCUCAAAAAUAAAUACCACAGGGCAGAUUGCUCAUUGAAGUAUCUUUUAAGUGAGUGUGUACCCUUUCACUGUUUUGGUUAAAUUUCUGUUUCAAAAAGUGUAACUUUUGUAUUUGGAAAUUACAAGCUCUUGUUGCAUCUCAGAGAAACCCUAAGAGAAAGGGGUAUUCCAAGAUGGUGCUUCUCUGAAUUGUGAAGCAGGAAAUAACUUCUUCUAAAACUGGCCUGUGCUUGAAGAAGUUGGCACUGAAAAGCUGUCUGUUGAGCAAAAAUUAAAAUCUGUUCUUGUUUUUUAACUUUAGGUUACAUGUCAAAAGAAGGAUGGUGAAAACAGUAGCCCUGAUUUGUCCCUUUCCAACAAAACCUCUGAAGAAGAGAAAUAUGAACUUAUUGAAAAUAGUAAGUUAAACAUUUUUAAAUGCUGGAUGAAAUUAUUACAUUGUAACUGGUUUGUCCUCUAUACCAAGCAUUAAAUAUGAUAUGCAAGUAGUUAAAUAUUCACAAUUUUAAGUUCCAAUCAGAAUGUUCCUAAUUGGGGAGUGGAUUUGAUUUCAGGCAAAGGGACACAAGGAAGGGGCACCACUAGUAGUGUGCCAAAGUAACAUAAUGUAUAUCAGGGUGGAUAUGAUUUAAAUCAUUUUUUUCCAGAAAGACUCAUUCUUGCUGGUAUAAUCUUAAUAUUUACAACCAGAUGAAGGUUUCAUUUUUAGAAUAAUAAUUUUUCAGAGUAGUUUUCACAGUUAUAUUAAAAAUUACUGAUUUGGUUAUACUAUUAGAAAUACACAGAUAAUUAUGAAAUUAUUGUGAGGUUUAACAAGUUAACUGUUUAUAUUUGGACAACUUUUCUGCUGUUCUUUAUUGGAAGGAGAAAAAUAAUCAUUUCCUUAAUAACAAUUUAAACAAUUUAUUUAACUAAAACAAUAAUAUUAUAGUAUAUGUAUCCAUGUUUGUUAACCAGUGUGGUUAAACAAUUAAAAAUAAUAAUAACUUAAACUGAGUUUUAACUCACAUGAAAAACUUAAAACAAAUCCUUAUUUCUUGAUGAAUAGCCUUUGAACUAUGAUGUAACUUGAAUAGAAAACUAUCUUUAGAAAGAUUUCCCCUCCAAAAGCAUUUUAUUUUAAAAAUCCAAUUUACAGUAUUUUUCCAUGUAUAAGAUGCACCCACGUAUAGGGUGCCCCCUAUUUUGGGGGGGGGGGGUAAAUUGCCCUGACUUGUUGAGCUUUUGGUGGGGGGGGGGGGAUUGCCCAGAGGCUAACAGCCGCACGUGUCUAACAUGCCGCGUAUCAGCUGUUCCCUCACCGGCAAUUGCUGAGCUUUUUGGGGGGGGGGGGCAGAGUGAUGAAGCUUUUAAAAAAAAUUACUUUUAGCUCUUUUUGCCUUUCCUGCAGGGCAUUCUUAGUCUGCUUGCCUCCUCCCACUCUGCCUGCACUACAGCUGGGAGGGAGGCUGAAGGCAGUCUGUUUCUGGGCCCGGAUACUCAUGAGCGGCGCUGCAGUUGUAGGGCGGGCUGAGGGGAGAGAUAUCUUUGAUCGCCACGGACAACAUCGCCAAUUGCGCGGCAGAAAUCAGCCCGCCCAGCCCGCCCUACAACUGCAGCGCCGCUCACGAGUAUCCGGGCGCAGAUGCCUCGCGGCACAAACGGACCAGCAGCAGCCUCACCUCUAGCUGUAGGGCGGGCAGAGGGGGAGGAGGACAGCAGACGAAGGAGGAGCUGUGGGAAAGCCGCGGAGGGGUGAGAUAUCUUCAAUCGCUACGGCAACUGGAGCGGCAGCGCCGCAUGCACCUCAUCCCAAUUAUCUAAGCAGGCAGUCACAUACAAGCACCAUACAGAACAAAGACUGGUAAUUACUGAGUAGAACAGUGCUUUUCCUUGCUAUUUGGUUCAUAGUCAUAGUUUGCCACAAUAAUACAUGGCUUAUUGAGCCAUAUUUGUAGUGCUUAUCUUAAAUGUCAGGUGUUCUUCUUUAUCUUAAAAAAAACAACAACCCAAGCUUUAACUCACCGUGUUUCGAUCUCACAGAUUUAGUCUGUAGAUGUUGUAAAUGUAGGCACUUGCAUUAAGUUCAGAUUUAAUUUUAAGCUGUUUUUUUUUUAGAGAGAGACACCUGACAUAAUUAAAAUCUUAAUUAAAAAAAUUAUUUUUAUCGGCCCUUCAGUUGGUGUAGAUAUGCUCUCCUGAACCCUGUUCAGCAAAUUUUCUGUGUGUUUGGCAAAUUUUAAAGACAAGGCUCUGGGGAUGAGCCCAGGACUACUUACCUUUUUUCUACCUGUUCUGAGCUUACCUCUGUGUUGUGUGUUUAAUAUUUACAUCUGUUUCAAGGUUCUUCAAAUACUCAAGAAAUCAGUGAAGGCUGGUUUGACGCUACAGAGAACCUGACAGUAACUGAUUCUUCACUGCCACUUACAGAUCAGUUAAGGCCAAGUAAUACAUCAGGUGCAUGUUGACUGUAUUAGUUUGGGAAUAGCCCUGAUACGACUUCUGAGCUUUGGUUACCUUUGUUCCCACAUGAACAUCCACCCCUGCACAGAUUCAGUUUUAGAAAUGUUCUAAAGGUUUAGCUAGGUAGCUGGUGCUCACAUCUCUUCUUCAAGGUAGGGGACGUCAUCUCUAGUGUAUGUAGAUACCCUAAGAAACUGGGUGAUAUCCCCCGUGAUACUCUUGCGGAGAAGCUGGUAAAACGUGGGCUGGACAUGGUAACUGUUAGGUGGAUUUGUAGUUUCUCCCCAGCCUUCCUAGGGGCCAGUUUGGGCUCAGCAUUUUGAAUCUUCCUGGUCCUUUUUGUUUCCUCUGCGUGUUCCUCUCAGCCUCCAGUGUCUCUCAUUCUUCUACCUGUCUAAGGAUUCUUCAGCACCUCUGCCGCAGGAUGGAACUCAGGCUCUAGUAGGAAUUACAUCAGCUGCCUUUUAAAGUUUGUUGCUUCUUGCCUUUGGAGCAGCAGGAUGAUUAUAACCUACUUGGAUUUCUCCUUGCACUCUAAAAAAAACCCCCAAAAACUUUUGCAGUAAAUAUUACUGUUUUGUUCUGGUGUAUCACGUUGGUGUUUCAUGCCUGUGGAAAAUGACAGGGCAAACAAAGUGAAGUCAUAUUUUUUUCAGGGACACACAUAGCAUGAAAAGUACAUGUUUUCCUGGUCCUUUGAAAUUUCUGAAACAGUGAUGCUAAACAGAGGUUUUUUAAAUACUUUUCAUUUUUAUGUUGGAGAUGAAAAAAAAAUCUCAAUUGCUAAUUUUAUUGUAAUCAUAAGUAUACCUUGUAACGAGGAGCCCCCAAUUACUGAUUCCUGUAAUAAAUUUUGAGUUGGCUACUUCUUUAGCUAACUGGUUCUAGUGCCCAAAUUUACAUCUUUGCAGGACAUGCACCGUUUUUAAAAAAGAAAAAGAAAAAAAAGGCUUGUAUGAGAGCUCUGUUUAACUAUUCUUUUACAUUCUGAUCCUGAGCUGAACUUGUGAGUUUUUAUUGCAAGAGCUCAGACACAAACUGUAAAAAUAGAGCAAAUGGAGAUUUUUAUAGUUCUAAUCAAAGUCUUGGUAAUAAGUCCUUUGCAUUCCAGGGAACUGUGACCUAAUGUAUGACCAUAAAAAGAAUUCUAGAAGGGAUUUUCUUCUUCUUAACCAUUUCUGAAUGUGUUUUCUGUCUUCAGUAUUGGUGCUUUAUUUAUGCAGUUAAAUUUCUUUUUCUUUCAAAAUACACAUGCUGAGUUAUGCAUUAUUGUUGUAAUCUACCCUUCUAGAAACACAGACUAUAAAAGACACAAAAAAGGAGCUAAAGAACAUAUAUAGUGUUCAUGUUGCAGAUUUAGGUCCCUUAGUAUCAGAGGUAAGUCAACAUAUAUUUAAAUAUAAUAGUUUAUUUCACCGAAUGCUAUUUCUUAACCUGUGUCAGUGAAAGUCUUUUUGUCUAUUUCAGGUUGAUCUGUGGCUUCAUUUCCAGAAGUAUAAUGUUUCUGAGAUUUCCAUUUGUGAAUAUUCUGCCAAUUGCAGGUACUCUAUAAUAUACUGUAAUUUUUUGCUUGCAUGAUUUCAUAACUGAAGUACAUUCAGUGAAAGACAGUAGGCCAGCACAUACUUACUUACGCGAUCACAAUCUUACAUGGGGAGCGAGGGGGGGGGGAGAUAAAUAAAUAAAUGCAGAGUUGGGGAGACCCUCUGCUCUCCAUUUAUUUGUUUUUUGUGCACCCAGCAUGUUUUCCUUGGUUUCUGGGCUUUGGGUCGGGAGUGAGCUGUGGCAGCAUCCCCAAGCCCUUGCACUGCCUUCCGAAACCAGGUAAGCAUGGCGGUGCCUUUUGGGAAGGGGGGGGGGCUAUGGGAGCAUCCCAGAGGCCAGCAAGAAAGGUGCUGCUUCGCUUCCUGGGGUCUGGGAAGCUCUUGGGGGCCUCAUGCAACCUUCCCAGGCCCUGGUAAGCAGCCUUCUGCCUCUUAGAAGGGCAGUUUGUGUUAUUUUGCCUUUGCUUGCAAAUCCCCGGAACGAAACCCUCACAUAAGUGGCAGGCCCGCUGUACUUUCGUUAUUAAUGGAUGAUUUGCAGGAUCCUAGGGAUCUGUCACCAUAUGGCUCUUUGAAGCCUUUCCCCCGUUCCCUCUUUUCCCGCUUGCCUUUGGUCUGUUGUGGGCACGCAGCAGACACAGCCAUUACCUGGUCUUGUGGGCUGCUGGAUGCUUUGCAUUUGUCACUCCAAAGCAAACAAAAGUAGAAGCAAAGCCUCAGAAGGGCGACUAAAAGCUAUUUCUAAUGUAUAAAAGUAAUCCUAAUAAAACAAUAACAUUCCCAGUGAAUUUUGGUUGGUUGCAGCCUUUCUCAGGGACACUCUGAGAAUCGGAUCUAAAUAAAUAAAUAAUGCUGGUAAUUAUAAAUGUGGGCAUUAAUUGCAAUAGGACAGUUCAUGAAAUAAACCAUGCAUAGAAUGAACCUUAAAACCUCAACUAAUCAUACUAUACACUAACACAAAUUACAUUAAAUGUACUUGCUAUAUGCUGCAAGACAUAGAACCAUAGAAUUGUAGAGUUGGGAGGGACCCUGAGGGUCAUCUAGUCCAACCCCCUGCAAUGCAGGAAUAUGCAGCCAUCCCAUACGGGGAUCAAACCUGCAGCCUGGUGUUAUCAGCGCCACGUCCUAACCAAGUGAGCUAUCCAAACCAUAAUAAAGCUCUGUAAAUUUCUCAUUGAAACAGAGACUGUGUAAAUCCCUUCAUGUGCACACCUCAUGAAAAUGAACCUGAUUAUAAAAUUUAUGGAGCCUUUUGGGUAUGAAAUCCAGCCAUCCUGUUCCACGGCAGGGCCAUGAGCACAGGCUGCUCCUGCUCAGAGCAUAAGUUGUGUGCGCGCACGUGGUGCGUGUGUGCCUGGCCUUGAGAAGGGAAGGUGUGGCAUAGUUCUGUCACUGCAGGCAGUGUUGUCUGUCUAUGUUGCCAAAGGGGCAAGAAAGUAAAUGGGCUUAAUUGAUUCUUUUGCAUAGGAGAAAGGAUUAUACCUCUUAACGUUUUGGUUUACAGUUGAAGAGGCAUAUUGGAUAGGUCUUAAAUUUUCCAUUUUUCUUAAUUUUGGCACGUCUUUUUCAUUCUAGAUACGCUUUCCUUAGUUUCAAAACAGCCUGUGAUGCAAAGCUGGCAGUGAAAGAAAUGAACGAGAGAGAAAUAAAGGGCCAAGCAGUAAAGGUUCAUCUUGUAAAGACUGCAAAAGAAAAUGGGCUCCUGGAUUAUCAGAGUUAUGUGAAACCAGAGUAUGGAAACAAAGGACCACGUUAUAGCUGUGAAAAGAAUAACGAAAAUAGAAAUAACUGUAAUCUUAUGUUUAAUGCACCCACUUCUGCCUCCGCUGCUUGCAAAAUGCCUGCCAUCUCUUCAAAAGGGCCCAGUAUCUGCAAAAGUCCUUUAAAGUUGCCUUUGCCUUCAGCAAGUGCUCCCAGGCCUCUCUUGGGCUCUUCAAAAGGGUCUCUUUGUGCUUCAGCCCCUUACAAAGUACCCAAGCCUGAUCUCAAAUCUUCUAAACUUUCAUCAGAAAAUACACAUCUUGAAAUUGAUCAAGAGGUAACUUUUUCUCCCUAUUGGAAUGUAUGUCAGAACAUCUUUUAAAUCACAGUGCAUGCAUUCUUCUUUUGUAAGGAUAAUACUGACUGCUUAACACAUUGUUUAAGUGAUUGGGUGCAGGCCAUAGGAUUGGGUGCUCCAUUGUGGAGCAAACUGCCCCACUCCCACUGAAUCUAAGCCAUGGUUAACUUAGUCUAGCACCACCAUUGAUCACACUUUGGGGUAAAAGCAGGAGACUUGUUAAGGUUGGAGUUGGGGGGAUGCAGGGGCUGCUGCUGCUUUGUCACUUUUCUCCCAGCCUAACCAGAUAAAGGUGAGAAAGAUGAGACAGCAAGUAUGUUGGAGGGUCUGCAUAAAAGGCAAGAUGCAGCAACAGCAGAGAGAGGUCCUAGGGGGAAUGUGAAGGAUUUACAGACCACAGGCAGGCUGCAGAGCAAGGAAAGUGAAGCAGAAAACCUGAACCAGAGUUGGAUUGCAAGGAAUAGGAAAGCUCCAAUUGCAGAUUACAUUUAAACAGUUACUGUGUUUAGACCUGGCGGGAGAUAAUUUGCUCAUCACGUGGCAUGGAAUUGGGAUGGGACAGCUGCCUCCCCUCCACCUAACCAUGAUGAAGUGGUUGACAUAGUUGCUUUUGAACAGCACGCACUCAGGUUGAAAGGCAAAUCCACACAAGGUGUUCUGUGGGUAGAGGCUCCACUUCUUUUUGCAAAUGUAGUGGGAAGCAUUUUCUAACAUUUUACUGAAUAUUUGUUUCAAUUUUAGCUUUCCUUAGUUCUUCAGUACAAAUGCAGUUUUUCCUUAUUUUGUCCAUUAAGUAGCUCAUGUAAUAUUUGCCUAGGAUCUUGCAGGGGGCCUCUUACCGUUGGGUUCAGUACAGUUUGUUCCAAAUCCAUCUGCUACCUUUAUACCACCAAACGCAUUAAACUUAAGAAGCUUCCGUAAAGUGGUGAAGAAGCUGGAAGAUCUGUAUCCAGAGCUUCAUAGGCAAGUAUACUUUUUAAUGGUGGGAUUCAGAAAUUUUUUUUUACUGAAAUUCUCUGGAGGCUCUCAUCUCCUUUUCUCCUUCUCUUUUAGAGACAAAAUUUUGGAUGCUUUGGUAGAGAUAAAAGAAAAUAAGGGUUUGCUUAGUGGCUUAUCGCUUAGCUCUAUUGUGCAAAUGACUUCAUCACUUCUGGAAAAGAGAUUUGGAUGUAAAUCUGACGGAAAGCAAAAGAAAUAAGCAGGUGAGUACCCAAACUACCUUCAAAUUCUAAUAUUGCAUACAUCUUAGCUUGGCGGAUAUCUACUGGCCAUUUUCUUUUAUCAUAAAUAGAAUGUGGCCCUCCAGACCUCUGUUUUACCCCCAGAGCUCUCUCAUGGCCACACCUCUCUUCAAGUGCCUCUGUUUGGUCAAUGUGUAUUCCUGAACUGUGACCAGGAUCUCUUGCUUGACCGGAUGAGGAGAUUUGCAUGUAGAAAACUGAUUUUUGCAUGGCUGGAAUGUAGCCUAUUGUAAAAAAACAACAACAGUUGCUUAUGUUGCUCAAUUGUCUCUUCCACUGGCUGUAGCUCCCAGAAAGUUGCUCAUGAUGGAAUUCAGCCAUUGGGCUUAUCAGGAACUUGAAAACUUGAACAACCUCUUUAUAUUCUGCCUUGAAUUUUUCUGUUCCAUUUCUACUGCUGAGCCAUUGCCUUUAUUAAUUGCUUAGCUAUGUCAACCUAAACAGUUUGGUGUAGCACUUCUCACUUUGUAGAAGAUUAUCGUCAUAGAAUUGUAGAGUUGGAAGGAACCUUGAGGGUGAUCUAGUCCCACCUCCUGCAAUGCAGGAAUCUCAACUAAACCAUCCAUGACAGAUGACCAUGUUUAACUUGUGGUCUGCUAAGACCCCUAGAUGGCAUACCAGGUGUCUCCCAUCUUAUAUUUGUGCAUCUAGUUCUUCCUGCUUAAGUGUGUAACUGCACAUUUGUCCCUAUUGAAAUUCAUUUUGUUUGUUUUGGCCCAGUACCUUCACUUCAGAUGGAAAAAUAUUUAAUCUGGCUUUAGAAAACAAAACGGCAAUAGUUUGAUAUGGUCAGACUCUUAAGGUAGGGAGAUAACAAGAAACCCUGCAGAUAUUGGAUUCCUAACACAGACAGGGCACAUAUAUGUGAGAUUGUAAGUCACUGAAGGCACCAUCCCAUAACCUCUGUUUCACAGUUUUGAGGGCAGCAUCAUACCCCAGGUGGAUAGGAAAAGAUGGUGAAAGACCUAUGGAAGAGGGCUUACACACCAUGGUUUUUGACCAGGAACUGAUAUACUCAUUUAUCAAAUGAGUAGACCAUUUCCAAGACCAUAUACAGAGUAGACCAUUUCCAGGACUAUAUACACAGACUCUUAGCCAAUAUUUCAGUUCACUCCACCAGGCCUUAAUUGAAAGUGGGCAUUCACCAGUUUCCAAAAGAAGUUAUUGAAUUUGGUACCUGAAGUAGGGACCUCAGAAACUUUGAUUGAAAUCUAUCAAGUUUAGGGAAAGAACCAUUAUACCAAAUAUUUGAGGCAUAAAGGAAUUGUAUUACAGAUUUUGCACUGAACACUUUUAAAGCUUAGGGAAUAUACUGACCUUCCUGUGUAAGACUGUAAGGUGGACAGUAAGCCCUAAAUACUGAAAGCUUUUAGUCUGUUCAAGUGCAUAACCAUUGAGGAUCCAUCUUUAUGGGGAAAAUCUAUUUCCAAAAACCAUGAUUUUUAUUUAUUUAUCACAAUUGAUUAUAAGGUCGCUUUCAAGACAUUAAUCCGAAAACUUCCUUAGUUGAUGUUUUAAGCCAGAUUUGGCGCAUGAGAGGAUAAGCAGUGUUGUCUGUAUACAGUGGAAGCGGGGUGCUUCUUGCCCCCAGCUUGGGACACUGUCCAUCUGGGCCCAUUAGGACUUUCUCUAAGUCAUUAAAAAGAGAUUAAGCAAUAGGGAGACCCCUCUUGACAUCAUAAUUUAGUUAGCCCCAACAGACCAUCUCUUACCUGCAUAUUACUAUCAAUAUAUAAAGCUUUAUAAGAUAGAGGAGACUUUUGUCCUCCAUCAUGAAAUGCAACUUUGACCAUAAUUUGGAUCUAGGGAUGGGGUCAAUGGCAGAUUUUAGGUCCACAAAGGCCACAUAUAGAUGGCCUUGGAGUGGUCUAAUAUAUUUGUCUGCUAGGUGUAACAGCGCAAGAAUAGUGAUCGGAUGUUGAGUACAGUCAUACCUCGGGUUGAAUAUGCUUCAUGUUGAGCGCGUUCGAGUUGCGCUCCGCGGCAACCUGGAAGUAACGGAGCACGUUAUUUCCGGGUUUCGCUGCUUGCGCAGACGCUCAAAAUGAUGUCACGUGCAUGUGCAGAAGUGGAGAAAAGCGACGUGUGCGCAGACGUGCCAUCACUAGUUACGUUUGCUUCUGGAUGCGAACGGGGCUCUGGAACGGAUCCUGUUCGCAUCCUGAGGUACCACUGUAGUUUGCCUGGAAAGCAGCCUGGGCUUCAUAGAUUACUGUCCUCCAGAAAAGUUGAGAAUUUAAUGUAAAGAAAACGGGCCUAUAAUUUCCCAUUAUGGGACUGUUAUUGUUGAACCAGUUAUGCCCUGUGAAAUUUGCAGUUUGGCCACCUGCAUUUACGUUGUUUUAUGUCAUUUUUACUAACAUGGCCAAUUAGUAAUGUGCUGCUUAAAGCAAAAUUGGCCAUAUGUUUUUCAGCAAAACAUAUAUUUUACUUUUGCCCCAGCUGGUGGCAGUGUUAAGCAGUGUCUCUUCUACUACGAGUUGGGCUAACUGAAUGAGAACAGUCUCAUUCUGUAGCCCUAAUCCUGCUCCUGACAUCCUUCCUUAGCUAGGACUGUGUAAACAAGGGACAAGACUAGAAUCUGCUGGUCUGCUCCCAGCAAAUGUUGACAGGAGGCUGUAUUGUGCAAGGCUGCUCAGUGACCUGCCAGACCCCCUGCUUUACUCAGCCCCCUCAGAUCAGAAUAGAGGUCCUAGCAACGAAGGUUUGUUCGUAUUUCCAUAUAAUCUCUUGGGUAUUGAACAAUUGCUUCUUCACAGUAGAAUGCAGAUUUCCUUUAAAAAAAAUAGCAUAUUUAAAUUCAUCUUCAAUUUUUCAAGUGACAAAAACUUGCUAGUUUUACAAUCUUUUUUCUAUAUAUAGUUUCUCUGCAGCUGUCUGUGAACCUGAACAUAUUUUUUCUGGGUGUGUCUGUCACUGGCAUGGAUGAAAAGAAAAGCCAUCAUUGCAGGCCUGAAAAGAGAAUGCACACUCAGUUGAGGAGCUCCAAGUGAAUUUAAAGAGGAACGAAAUGUUAGUUUAUGGAAAACUGAGUUGUUUGGGAAAUGUUCCAGCUUUCAAAGAUAUGCACGUUUGCAAGGAACUGGUGGUCUUCUGCUCUUUUACUCUGCAAUGAACAAAAAUCUUUUCCUUAGGUAAAAAAAGUUUCAUCUUUUGUUUUGAUAACCAUAUUUUGUGUUUGUCAGCUACUGCAAUGUGAAACAACUUUAGAAAAUAAUAUGUAAUUAAGAAUCUGAUGUGGCUGAAGUUUGUAGCUGCAGUUUCAAUAAACUUGUUUGGUUGUAG